UCAGUACGUUGUGCAGUGUUGCCGUGAUGUAGUGGUGUAAAUGGCGUCUGUCCGAGCCCUGAGUGUUUAAGCUCAUGGAAAACCGCAAAAUGGAAUUAUGGCGACAAGACUCAGUUAUUUUCUUCACAUUUUAGUUCUUUGGCAUUUUACACAGUGUGAUGGGAAGUGUUCCGACAUUGGAGACGGUGGCGAGGGAUGUUGGUACACCCUCUGGUACCUAUGGUUCAUCCUUGUGUUGUUCUUCAUCGGAGUCAGUGUGUUGGUGAUGUUCUAUUGUAAAGUGCGGGCCAAGAACAGAGUCACGUCCAUCAGUGGCGGAAGACGCAAUAAUGUCAUGGUAGCACCCGUCCAGCCUCCCCCCUACAGCCUCAACGACCCCGGGAGUGCCCCUCCGUCCUACCAUACUGCCAUGGCAACGCAGUCUUUACCCCCGGGAUAUGUUGGAGAGCCGCCAAGAUAUCAAACACGUGCUCCGUCCUCCAUGUCAAUAUUGUCCAACCCGCCCCCCUAUUCGCCCCCACGGAGGUGACUGGGUGGAAACCAGCUUUAAUAGACCAAUCAACCAACCAAAGUAUUACUUUCAACAAUCGUACUGGAUGCGCCCGUCAGGUGUAGACCGGUACCAUGUCCUAGUUACCUUUGUCAGCGCAACUAAGGCAUUGUACCAGUCUAAUUGCCAGGUGCCUCCUCCACAUAGAACUCCUCACGCUGAAUAGUGUGGAGAGUUUGUACAUAAACUUGCUCUCAUGAGAUUCAAGAAUUGGCGAUGCAUUAUUGUGAAACUUUACUGUGAUUAUGUACAUAGAUAUACGGAUUUUCUUUAACGAAAUUUCAUAAUAAUUGUGCAGUUGAAUGUACUAAUCAAACUAUAACUUGAUCCUGAAUAUAGAAUUCAGAGUUGAGUUUUACAAAUCAUAAAAAUGUAUUUUCAUAUCGAUGUGUAAGAAUCUAAGAGAUCCAUAUAACAAACAAUCUCAGAUUUUGAGAAAAAUGCCCAUUCAGCUUUAACAUAUUUUAAUGUGAAUGAAGCGUUUACAAAUUUAUGAAUAUCUAUUUUUAUGAGGUGUUAUUGUUGGGACCGACCGUUAGAUAUUCUGGUGGUUUGGGUGUUGUGGGGAUGGAGAGAUUGGAGGGUAGAGUGAGUGAGUGAGUUUAGUUUUACGCCGCUUCUAGCAAUAUUCCAGCAAUAU